AUAAGUUGACACUUACGGAAGAGGCGACAAUCUCUAUGCUCGUCUCUCUCUUUCUCGCUCUCGAGCGUGGUGGGACCUUCUCCCUCUAAUCUCCAAUAAAGCAAGACCUUAGAGUUUUUUCCGCUAAACUGUACCACCAGUGUUAAAAAAAAGUGCCACGAGCCAAAAGUCUUACGUCGGUGCGUGUGUGUCUCAACGUGGACCUCAGAGUUACGAGAGAGUCCUGGUUGAGUCGAGUCUCCACGAAUUUCUCUUUCGAACGUGGGGUGAUAAAAAUAUUCAGAAAUAUUGUUUCGAUCGAGACGUUAUCAAAUUACUCGGCGAGAAGUGUGUGUGACGUUUUUUUUCUCAUCCACACGUGAUUCUUCGCUUUCUACAUCACGAUAAAAUCGUCGGCCAUUGUUGUGAUUGGUGGCGCGAGUGAAAUAAAAAACAAGAGACGUGAUUCGCCAUGCGCUCUGGCGAGGGGCUCAGACGGCGGGAAAUUUGAAAAGGUUUUUUCGUCUCGGUCAACAAAAACAUGUUUUUAAUAAGAAAUAGUAAUUUCUACGUUGAAUUCAGUGGAUCUAAAUCUUGAUGCACGGAAGGUCGAUCGAUUGAAUGACGAAAUUGACAGAAAAAUAUUUCCUUGGGGCGGGAGCUUCGGUAAUCGUGUUUGAAGAGUGCUCUGUGAGAAGGAGAAAGAAGCAUGAACGAGAGCACGCGGUGGACAAGGUGCGAAGAGUCCGAAGGAGUGACGAACGGCACGAGCAACGUUUAUCCCGUGGACAAUAGAAAAAGAGGAAGGAGAGGAUCGACCAGACCUCACGAGACCGAGGAAGAAGCCAUCAUAAGGAGAUUCCACGAUGCUCAAAGAAUGGCGAAAUUUCGAGCCAAAAAGAGGAAAGCAGUGGAAGAGGCGAAGGCCAUGGACGCUUCGAAAUUGUCAGAAAUCGCUUUGAUCUCCGAACUGAAGAGACGCAACGUCGCCUUCCAAAUCACCAAAACCCCAGUUUCCACGCCAUAUCAAAACAAACCAAAAACUCAGGAACCCAUAAAAAGAGAAACUUCACUCGCCACUAUUUCACUGGUCAACGGUAAAAGCAAAUAUUCACAGCUGUUGUCGGUCAUCGAAGAACUCGGGAGAGACAUCAAGUUGUCUUAUGCCGGGAGUAAAAGUUCCGCUGAAAAAUUAAAAAUGGGCAUCGUCCAAGCGAGAACGCUAGUCAGAGAUUGCCUUUUAGAGACAGAAGUCAAUUCCCGACAAUAAUUACUUCCGCCCAUUUUUAUUCGUCGUUUACAUUAUUUACGAACUCCUGCGAGCCAGUACUUUUAUUACGUUUACCACACAGAGAAGUACAAAAACGAUGUUCCGCUGCUCACACUGUGAAAUUAUCGUUAAAAGUCUCGAACCACUCGAAUAUAUAUUUUUCCACGCCAAACACAAACCGUAGGAAUAAAAUUUAACGUAUGACAGUUCACCAAAGAAACACAACAAACUGAGCUGAAAAAUAUAGAGAAAAAAAACUAUUUUCAUCAUACAACUCUAAAAUGUCGAUUUUUCAAUCACGAUUUUUGGCUCUUCAAACUCAAUCAGAGUGAAGUAAAACUUUCUACCUCGACGACCAAAAAAUAAAACACUAACAAAAAUGUAUUUUACAUACGAAAAAUUCAUAAAAUAUAUUUUUUUUCCUUAGUGAUAAAAUGUAAGAGAAAAUAUACAAAUUCGAUUUUUCUUCCAAGCUCCCCAGAAGCCAUAGAAUAAUACGUUGAAUUUUAGAGAGCAGAAAUUCUGAUAAACACUGAAGAAAAUCGAUAUUUCCCACCCAACGUACAAGACUUCCUCAAAAUAAUGCGUACCUUAUAUAAUCCAUCGAAAUGUAUGUUAGACCAAGUACAAAUUACGAAUAACGAGAGAAUACACAAAAGUGUCUGUAAUGUUUGCUGAGAGAUGAUAUGCUCAAUAUGUUUACACUGUGCAAUAAAUUUUGUGCUAGUAUAAAUACGUAAAAGACGAGAUAUUUUAAUAAGUCUUCGAGUUUUAUUUUUAAGAAGACUAACAUUGUUGUAUUUCAAAUAAAAUGCUUAACAGAUUGUAAAAAAAAAUUCUCAGAUUUACGAACUCACUCAUUUCUCCGAAAUCUCCCUCGAUGUCGAACAAUACAUUUAUAAUCAUGAAUAAAUAAUUAUAUGAUGAUGACUCAGGAAAAAUGAAUUUUU